AUGGCUUGCUCUUCUUCUUGCCUCGAGCCGAAUUUCACCACGCUCUCAGGGCGAUACUGUGCCGAUGCGCCGAGAGUGACGCUGGUUGUUGCGCCGGCUGCACGCAAGGAACCACCUUUUGACACCAGGCCGAUGCUGCAGCGCUUGAAGACGCUUCAUAUCAUCUCUAAUGAUGUGAGGGAUGUCUAUUCGCACUGGCAGUUUCCGCCAUUCUUCCACCUGCCAUCGCUUAGGAAUGUGAACAUGGGCACCGUGAAAGAAUACAAAGGAUGGACUAGACUGAACCACCCGGCUGUGUCUUCCACGUCGGGAAAGUCGCCGGUGGCGUCACUGGUUCUGGAAUCUCACUGCAAUGGAAGAGAUGGAGUGGCAGAGUUUAUCACCUCGUGUGCCAACCUGAAAGAAUUCAGAUACCAGCAUGACGACGAUGAGGACUGGGCGCAGACAUGCAAAAACUUCCAACCCCAGAAGAUCUACAAGGCGCUGCUGACACAGAAGCAUAGCCUCGAGGUCCUCCAUCUGAGCCACAAUGUCCAGGUGAGCAGGUUUCCGUCAGAUGACAAGGAUGAAAACGGCCCAGUACCCCUUGAUCUGAUCACUGGCGGAGCUCAGAAACCUACAGGAUAUUCGUAUCCGCAUCGAUAA